GACCUUUGGUCCAAACCAAUUUGCCAAUGAGCAGUCGGGCGGAGGACCCGACGAGGAGGCAAACUCUUCCUCCCGUACCGAGGAGUGGUCGGGUCAGGCACCCGACCAGGAGGCAAUCUUUACCAGCAGUGCCUAUAGAACCAACACCUUCACCCAUCGAAUCAGCAGCAGGGGUCUCUUCGGACAGUGAGGGGACAACUUCCCAGAUGGGUCAACCGCCAUACAUGGCAUCAGACUCAUCCAUUUCGAAGGAAGGACCAACUGCCCUCGCCGAAGCUGACCCUCAAAACGACAUCCUUGAUGUUGCUGAUCCCGAAAUCGAAGGUGCCCCAGAGAUCCCGGCUGCAGUGGCUCUAGAUGCAGCCGCCCAACCUGCAGCCGCCCAACCAGCAGCGGCGCUCCCUCUAGCCAUCGAGUGGCAGGCAGAAGAACCACCUGCGGCAGCCCAACCUCCAGAAAUGGAAGAAAUGUCUUCGUCCGAAUCGGAGACUUCUGUGAAUUUGGGACCCAGGUCGGCACCUCAGCGACCACUCGCAGCAGCCGACGAGUCGGCUGCUGUUAUACCAGCUGUCUGCCCUACUCGACCGACCUCAUUGCUGCCCCCCUCACUGACAGCAGUCCACCCAGAGGGGCCUUCGGACUUAGCUGUCCUAUCGACUGUUCCGGUUCCGGCGGAGGCCCAAACUAUAUUCACUGAGGCCAUUAACCAUCCCCUGUCAGAAUUAAGGUCCGACUUAUUGGACAAACUCAUUCAGACGGUUGGUGGCCUUCUUUUUUACACUCCAACGGAAUCACCAGCCGUCCCCAUUCUGCAUCGGCUGAUGGAAAGACUUACAGAGCUCAAGACCGAAGUGUUAGUCAUUGGACUCCUGUCAGCCGAAACCUCCCAGCCCGACUUUGAUCAAACAACGCUGGAGAAUUCUUUGGCUAAGACCCGAGAAUCCCUUCAGCAGACUACUGGAAGGCUGGGCGGUCUCCUUAGCAUGAAAGCUCAAGUUGAUGAAGCUAUUCAGAAAAAGGAGGCAGAAUUGCGGGAGCUAAGGAAAGAACAGUCUACCCUGGAUAAGCAAAUUACCAAUGAGCAGCGUCUGCUUGAGAAAUAUACCAAGAAUGAGGCUGAAUUGGAUCAAGAGCUGAAAACCCAAGCCCGAUCCCAAUUCAUCAUAAGAUAUCAGACGGCUGCCAAUACCAGAAGGCUAUCCAGGGAUGAAAUCAAGUGGACACAUAUAAAAACUGCCCUAGGGGCACUUUUGUAAUACUUCCCCCUUUGUAACACCAAUUGACUUAGUAAUCCAUUUUUUCUUUCUUCUCUCAAAACGAGGAUCACCUUUCAAUUUCCAAUUUUGUAGGAAUCGCAACAAACUCCUUCGUUAAAAGAACAUUGUUUCUCA